AUGUUCCGUCAGCUUCUUCUCCUAGCCCUAGUCGGCUUCAUCAUGCCUUUUUCCUGGGCAUGGCCCAUCUGCACGGGAUCGAGAACUCCCUCCGCAUCAAAGACAAUGCCCACUGCGACUACCGUCCCAACUCUGGACCCAGCGCCUACCCCGGGUGCUGGAACCACCGAUCGAAUGGUGUUUGCUCACUUUAUGAUGGGCAUUACCAGCAACCGGCUGAAUGCAAGUGACUAUGAUGGUGAUAUGCAGCAGGCCAAAGCCGCCGGCAUCGACGCCUUUGCGCUGAACAUCGGCACGGAUCCUUUCACCGACACUCAGCUGGACUUGGCGUACGAAUCCGCUGCCAACAACGACAUGAAGGUGUUCAUAUCCUUUGACUUCAACUGGUGGAAAACCAGCGACGCCGGUGCUGUCGGAGCCAAGACCAAGCAGUAUGCUGAUCAUCCCGCGCAACUCAAAGUCGACGGCAAAGUCUUUGUCUCGUCCUUUGCGGGUGACGGUCUGGAUGUCGGUGCUCUCCGUGCGGCGGUUGGGCAGGAGAUCUUCUUUGCCCCCAAUUUCCAGCCCGCGCAGAGCAACUUUGAUGAUCUCGAUGCGGCAUUGAAUUGGAUGGCUUGGCCGAGCAACGGCGAGAACAAGGCGCCGACUGUCAAUCGCCAUGUCAGUGUGGUGCAGGGGGAUCAGGCUUACAUUGAUGCGUUGAAGGGGAAGCCUUACAUUGCGCCCAUUUCACCUUGGUUCUCAACCCAUUUUGGUAGCGAGGUCUCCUACAGUAAGAACUGGGUGUUCCCCUCCGAUCUACUCUGGUACAACCGCUGGCGUGAUAUUCUCGCCAAGGGGCCGCGCUUUGUCGAGAUCAUCACUUGGAACGACUACGGCGAGUCCCACUAUGUUGGACCGCUCUCCUCGCCGCAUACCGACGAUGGGGCCUCCAAGUGGGUGAUGGACAUGCCGCACACUGGUUGGCUCGACAUGGCCAAGCCCUUCAUCGCCGCCUAUAAGGCGGGUGCCACUGAUGCGCAGCCCUACGUCCAGGAGGAGAAACUGGUCUACUGGUACCGGCCCACCAAGGAGGGUGUCAACUGCGACGCCACCGACAACACCAUGGAGGGCACUCCCAACAACAGCACUGGAAACUUCUUUGCGGGACGCCCGAACGGAUACCACACGAUGGCAGACGAGACCACCACGUUCGACGCCCCCGCGGGCAUCACCGCGUACAAAGCACCCAUGGGGACUGGCCCGCAGCAAUUUGCCGUGGCUCGCAACGGGCAAAAUGUGCUGUCGGGGACCAGCGCACGGGAUAUUGGCGACACGUGCAACUGUGGAAUUUACAACUUCAACGCAUAUGUGGGGACUUUGCCGGCGCCCGCGGUGAUGGAUCAGCUGCAGCCCACGGGACAUGCCAUGUUGACCAAGGGACUGAAGAUGGUGUGUCCGACCACGUUGCAAACCCAUAUCUCGCGCAGGGAGUCAUGCUCCUCCACCACCCCUCACGCACUCCGCAUCCCGGACAAAGUCGAGUUCGCCAACGAGACCGUGGCCCUGCAAGAACGCCCCGUGGACGCCAAUGUUCCCUUUUGUCAGGUUUGCCAGGGAGCCGGCGUGACGCAGCCAGUCAAGGAGGCGGGGUUUUUUGUCCGAUCAAAACGGGCACUGGGAUAUGCGGAUGCGGGGUUGCUGGCUUUGGUCUUGACGUGUCGACAAAUAUCCACCGAAUCAAUCCCCCUCCUCUAUGCAUCCAACACCUUCGAAUUCAGCAUUCCCUGGACCCUCCCCUACUUCCAACCACCCACCAUCCCUACCUCCUCCUGGGCCUCCAUUCGAACCAUCGAGUUGCGCUGGUCAUUCCCCGGCCACUGGCUCCCCACCAAGGACCCCGCUCGCGCCAUCUACGUAGCUGCCGGCCAAGUCCCAUGGCAAGAAACGUGUCGCGCCGUCAAGAACCUGCCCGGACUGCGCUCCUUUAUUCUCAUCCUGGGGAGUACCUGGUUCGGCGAAGGCGCCGAGAGAGUCCCGGUAUUUUUAGAGCCAUUGGCAGGACUCGAGCUGGGUCGGGAUCGAAGACGAAGACAGUGGGAACGAGAAUCAGAGAUGGGAAUCAGCAUGUCGACGCCGGUAUACAUGACGGUUCAUCAACGGGAUGGGGAUCUAGAUGAGAUGAUCUGCUCAGAUGGGUCUCGAAGCAGCUUUGAUUCGAUGGCGAGAGUGUGUCCCGUCUGUCUGAGGAAGGGUCCGAGUGCUCGGACGAGUGCGCGUGUCCGUGUCCGUGUGCUCCAGAGACGAGAUUGA